GCGCAUGUCAACAAAUCCCAUGAUAAAAUGCAAGUUGGCAGUUUGUGAUCGACACGAAAGAUUCAAUAUGUUAGAUUUAUUUACGAUUUUCAGUAAAGGGGGGAUUGUUUUGUGGUGCUUUCAGCAUGUUCAAGGCAUCUGCCAGUCAUAUGGACCAUCUGUCAAUGAACUCAUUAAGAACGUGAUUCUACAGGAAAGAGGUGGCACAAACACCUACAACCAUGGGCAACUAACCCUGAAGUACAAACUUGAUAAUGAGUUUGAACUCAUAUUUGUGGUUGCAUACCAAAAGAUUUUGACCCUUUCGUAUGUGGAUAAAUUCUUGGAUGAUAUUCACCGGCAAUUCCGAGACCUUUACAAAGAUGACCUGCACAACAAAAACCUUUAUGGAACUUUUGAUUUCAACGGUCGUUUUCAGCAGAUGCUGAGAGACGCUGAAGAUUCCAGUAAAGUAGUUACUAAGAUACAGAUGAAAACAUUUGAAGAAUCUCAAAAAUCAAAGAAAACUCUACAGUCAAUGAUAAUUGAGAAUAAGAAAGAAGAGAAGGAACAGAAACCUAAGAAAGCACCCAAGAAAGAAGUGGUUGCUAAGCCUGCAGGUAAUGCUGUGGAUGAUGAUGUGGUGCUAGAUGAGGAGACCAUUAAUCGCAACCGUGCAAAACUGUUUAAUACGGCAGGGAAGAAGAAGAAGGAAAAAGUCAUGCCAGUUAAGCCAGUUACCAAAGCAAAGAGACAAAAACAAGAUCGUAAGUGGGAAAAUGGUGGUACAAGUAAAGACCAACCUGAUUUGGAUUACAGUAACAGCACCGCCGACGGGCUUGAUAACCAGCUACCUGUGGAUGACAAAGUAGCAGACGAACAACAAUAUGUUGGUACUAUGAAAGGAGCAUUGCAGAACAUUGAUGAUGAAUCAAGUGGAGAAGAAGAGGAGGUGGAGGAAGAAAAGGACAAACCAAAGUCUACAGAGACGAGAGGAGGGUUUGGUAUGUUUAACAUGUUUAAAGGACUUGUGAGUUCAAAGACCUUAUCUAAAGAGGACAUGGAUCCGGUGCUCACCAAGAUGCGAGACCAUCUCAUUGAAGGAUCUGUUUCUAUUCCUUUAUCGAUAUAUAUAUAUAUUUUUUUUUUUUUUUUUUUUUGGUUUGCAGCUCGUGACAUGCGUUUUGAUGUUGUACUUGUUGAUACCGCUGGCAGAAUGCAGGAUAAUGAACCAUUAAUGAGGUCACUCUCAAAGCUAAUAAAGAUCAACCAACCGGAUUUAGUUUUGUUUGUUGGCGAGGCUUUAGUUGGAAAUGAAGCAGUUGACCAGCUAACCAAGUUCAACCAGGCACUUGCUGACCACUCCAACAUGACCAACCCACGGCUCAUCGAUGGUAUUGUCCUUACUAAAUUUGACACCAUUGAUGAUAAGGUUGGAGCUGCAAUCUCAAUGACCUACACAACUGGUCAACCAAUUGUCUUUGUCGGAACAGGUCAGACCUAUCGAGAUCUGCGCAACCUGAAUGUGCGUGCUGUUGUCAAUGCGCUCCUCAAGGCGUAAAAAUGCUACCAAGUUGCAUCAUUCAACUAUUGAUGAUUUACCAGCUGUCUCAUUAUACGACCCAGAGAUUCCAGUUAGAUCUUGACUGUUCCAUUGGAAGACAAACUCACAUUUUUUCUUAUACAUUAUCAUAUGGAUAAGUUGAUGUAUAUCAAUUUCUGGAUUGGUUCUGUACAAAUUCCAAGACUUCUAUCUAAAAAAUGGCAGUACCUAUAGUCUCUCUCUUUCUCUCUCUUCCCACACUCCUUCACAUUUUCCCAGCAUGGAUUAAAUAAUAAUUAAAAAUAUUUGAAUGAUACAUUGUAUACUAUGCCUCAGAUAUAUAUAAACAAAAUAUUUCUAGAUUAAAUUGUCAUUCUUUUGUCUUAUGUUUUCUCUGUAUUUUAAAAUAUUAUAAAUUGGCUCAAGGUAAAAAAUGGAUCAGGAAGUAUGCACGUUAAUAGAUUGUUACAAAUAAAGCGAUUUUAUUGGUUUACUUUGGUAUACAUGCACAACCAGUGACUAACAUGUACCAAUGCAAUCCAUUUAAAAAUGUGGUUUUUUUUCUGGCAAUUGAGUAAGGCCUGGAUUUUCAAGCUAGCCAACAAAUUGUUCUCAUUAAUUGCCUGCCCUGAAAAAAUGUGCAUUAUCUUAUAUAGUAUAUUAAUAUGUAAUUAUUUAAUGCCAGUAUUAUUUUUAAUUGUUUAUGGAUGCAUCUGUCUAGUGUUCAAUAAGGCAGCAGUUAUAGAUACGCCAGUCUUUAAAAAAAUCUUAAUUGGAUAUUACUGUAUGUAUUGACUGGAUUAGAGCAAGACAUCCAGUCAGAAUAAGGGAUUUGUUUUAAGACUGGUGUAACUAUAGCCACUAUCGUACCCUUUAAUAAAAUGUGAAUAUUAUAAUAAUUAUAAAGUAUAAGUUGUUAAGGCAUAGACAGUAAUGGCCGUCUUCCCGACUAGUACGUUUUUUUGGGAUUUUUUUUGGAAUGGUCUAGGCCUUAACUAUAUCAAUUAUUUGCACUUAAAUUGGCCUAAACAGUAAGCUGGUAGUGUGUUUUAACUUUGAAAUGUACAAGGAAUGUGUAUUUAGGUUUUACUACUAUUUUCUUACAAUACUGACACAAAAAAAUAUGGGAAAUUACACGUAAGGCCUCAAGUGGAAUUCUAAAUUGCUAAUGUCAUUUUAUUUUCAUGAGGUUGAAGAGACUGCCUCUGUGUUACUUUUACCACAGUUUGAGGAUUAAACAAAUUAUAUUGUCUGGUGAAAUCAUAAAAAUCGAAGAAAUCUAAAAAAUAUAACAAAGUGAAUAUGUCUGUAUAAGGAAAUAUGUUAUAUUAAAAUAAAACAGAGUUAA